AGGUUCACAGGCCUAACAUAAACUGCAGACAGCUACUCAAAACAAGAAGCUUGCAGGCUCUAAAUUUCGCCAACGUCAGAGAUGACCACCAUGCUACGCUUGAAAGUCUUCAACCACUGCUUCACGUCCUCCAGCACGCACCUGAUGCGUUCCCAAUCUGCUUCCUUGAUCAUAAUGGACCAUUUCUGCAUUAAGGAUAUCGCAACAUACACCACGUCAGUUGGGGUUCUUGGUAGCUUUUUCUGAUUUUCUCAAUAGCCAUCUUGUCCCAACUAAAACCUGAAAAUAUAAACAUUAUCAGUUUGCCAGGACCAAACCACCUCUUCUGACCGAGUCUCUGCUCUGAUUGGAGCAGCACGAUCCCAUCCUAUUAGAAAAAAAAGCAAGAACGAGAUCGAAACCAUUAUAUAAGCACAUAGUAUUAGCUUAGUUCUUCCCCAAAGGGCACCUGCAUCAUACUGUAUGUAGGACAAAUAGGCAGAGUUAGAAAAACACAGAGAUGGCUCGAGUGUUACCGUUGCUAAUCGUUGCAGCAGCCACCCUGCUGUUAACAUCCAUCAAGAGCAGCACAGCGUUGAAGAUGGCAAGCCCUGGCUGCAGAGAAACAUGCGGCAACCUCACCAUUCCCUACCCCUUCGGCAUCGGUCCUGGCUGCUAUUACAAACAAGGCUUCGAUGUUUCCUGCGAGGAUAACCGCACUUUCAUGCCUAAUUCAAGCAGCCGAAUACAGGUGUACAACAUCAGCCUGCUAGGUGGGCAGAUUCAAGUCAGCACAUUGAUUGCCUCCAAGUGCAACUACACCAACGGCGAGAGCACAGAUGGAUGGGUCUCGGUAUUUACUACUCCAUUUUUCACAUUAUCCAGCAAGGCCAACAAGCUAACGGCCGUUGGAUGCAACACUGUUGCAUUUUUGGGAGGCUACAAUAAACGCAGGGCUCAAACCGGGUGUGUAUCUCUGUGCCUGGACAAGGAGAGCGUGGACUUCAGUGGCCAGUGCUCUGGCAUGGGCUGUUGCCAGACAGCCAUUGCACCAAACCUUGGUUCCUUAAACAUAACCUUCGAUAAGAGCUUCAACAAUUAUGUGGUAAAUGAAUUUAACCCAUGCAGUUAUGCCUUCGUCGCGGAGCAGGAUUGGUUCAGGUUUGAGGCUUCUUACCUCCAGGAUAAAAAGUUAACAGACAAGUACAAGGAUGGAGUUCCUUCUGUGUUUGACUGGGUUGCUGGAAAUCAACCCUGUGAUGAAGCGGUCAAGAACAUAUCAUCAUAUGCCUGUAUCAGCAGGAACAGCCAGUGUUUCAACUCACCAAAUGUUACUGGGUACCUCUGUAGUUGCAGCGAUGGCUUCGAAGGGAACCCCUACCUGGCAGAUGGGUGCCAAGAUAUCGACGAAUGCCAACAUCCACUUCAGUAUCCGUGCUACGGAAUUUGCAGUAACACAGUGGGGGGUUACAGUUGCUCCUGCGCAGCUGGGACUCGGAGCAAAGAUCCAAAGACUUCAGUCUGCAGUCCAGAUACAGCAUCAGAAAGGGCUAAAUUAACAAAAUUACUUAUAGGUUUAACAGUAGGCAGUGCCUGUUUUGGUCUACUGUUUUCGUUUCUCGGUGUUGCAAAAAUCACCAAUAAACUCAAGCAACAAAGAAUCAAGAAGCUGAGACAAACAAUUUUCAAGAGGAACCAUGGAUUGCUUCUCCAACAGUUAAUCUCAUCAAACCAAGACAUAGCUGAGAAUAUGAAGAUUUUCGGAUUACAAGAACUAGAGCAAGCAACCAAUAAAUUCGACCAGAAUCGCAUCCUUGGCGGUGGAGGACAUGGCAUAGUCUUUAAGGGCAUCUUAGCUGAUCAACGUAUUGUGGCCAUCAAGAAGUCUAAAAUUGCAGUUCAGAGGGAAAUUGAUCAAUUCAUCAAUGAAGUUGUCAUACUUUCACAAACUAAUCAUAGAAAUGUGGUGAAGCUCUUCGGGUGUUGCCUUGAGAGCGAAGUUCCUUUGCUAGUUUAUGAGUUUAUAUCAAAUGGAACUCUGUCAUAUCAUCUCCAUGAGCAAAGUGAAAAUAUUUUGUCAUGGAAAGACAGACUGAGGAUUGCAGUGGAAACUUCUAGGGCCAUUGCAUAUCUACAUAGUGCUGCUUCCAUAUUAGUGUUCCAUAGAGAUAUCAAGUCUGCAAACAUACUGCUGACUGAUGCUUUAACAGCGAAGGUGUCAGAUUUUGGAGCUUCAAGGUCAAUUUCAAUAGAUGACACGGGAAUACUUACAGCCAUCCAAGGAACUCAUGGUUACCUUGAUCCUGAGUACUACUACACUAGUCGACUUACAGAAAAGAGUGAUGUUUAUAGCUUUGGUGUCAUCUUAGCGGAACUUCUAACAAGGGUUAAACCGGUUUUCUCAACUCCGUCAUCAGAAGUUACAAGCUUAGCUUCACACUUUGUGUCAAUGAUGAGAGAUAAUCGCUUAUGUGAUAUUCUAGAUCCUCGUAUUGUUGAAGAGGGAAGUACUGAAGACAUCAAGGUGGUUGCAGGGCUCGCAGAGGCAUGCUUGAGAUUAAAAGGCGAAGAAAGGCCUACCAUGAGGCAAGUCGAGAUAACGCUUGAAGAUCUGCAAGGAUCAAAGGUCCUCCCCAAUUCUCGGAUGGCAAGUAGUCAAAAUGCUAUACAGGAUGAGUCAUAUAACGGAAGCAAUGGCAGUGAAGGCACUAGACUGUACAGCUUGGAGAAAGAGUUCAUACAAUCAUCUGAAAUUCCAAGAUGAUUCUGGACAGCCAAGAAUUACCAAUGUCUCAAUCUAGAAGAAUGCGAAGCAACCUUCACUAAGGAGCUUUCCCUUUUGAUUCAUACAGCUAAGAACAAAUCUCUUCCACUGUUUGGAAUAUGGAUUCAUCAGAACUUUUUGUGAUUUUUUCUUGUUUUGCUCAUCUUCUUUCUUUCCUUUUCUGUUUCUUGAACCUUGCCUGUAAAGGCUGUCUUCUUUUGCUCUUUUUUAUGGGACAUCGGCCCCUCCUGAUUCCUAGAUGGACAACAAUUGCACAGUGUUUCUUGAAACUUGCCGCCACAGGAUAUUUUAGUGCCUCAGCAAGCAGGUAUUCCAUGUGGUCGCUGGUUUUCUGUUGCAGCGUCGUCGUCGCUGCCAUUGUCUUCCUCUGUCAAUUGUGUGUGUUUGCUCUUGGCACAUGUGUAUACAGUA